UCAUUAAUUUGCAUCGACGUAUUACAUUUGAAGCUGGUACAAUUCGUAGACAAUAUAGCAAUAUCUGGAAUGUAGUCUUGCGAAUGUUGCUUGUAUCGUUCACUAUACUAUACAGCUAUCCGUUAUGGCUUCAUGAAUAUGAAAAAUAUUAUCCUGAAUAGGAUUUAGUCGUGAUAAUAAAACUCUUCUUCCUGAAUCUUGAGUGACUUGACGACGCGCCCUAUCCGGCUCCAGUGCAGUGCGGUGUCAUCAAUCGAGCUCGCGAGCGAUUCCCGGCCCAUCCAACCAAGCAACGCUAGGCUACCUCUGAUCGUCUUCUAAAUCGCAUGUGACCUACUCUUCUACGUAGGAAAGGAAAUGCCCACAUAUCACAGAAUGGCCAACGGAGCGGAGUCAACGGAUAUCAAAUACCAGCGAAUGAAAUCACCUACUGGGGAUGGCUACACUGCUCUACAGUUUAAGAAGCGACCUGUCAAGAUCCCAUGGAGGUCCAUUACUGUAGCCAUCGUUCUCUUCAUAUUUGGCUCUGCCCUGCUAUGCGUCGGAGCCCUCCUUCUCUCAGGUCACAUCUCCAGCAAGUACAACGAUCGUCUGUGGCCCAUCAUGAUCCUGGGUGUCCUACUCUUUGUACCAGGGGCCUACCAUGUCCGGCUUGCUUGCUACGCUUACAAGGGCUACAAAGGCUAUUCCUUUGAAGACAUACCAGAUUAUGAGGACUGAUGAACUGCACACGCCCUGUAUUGAAUCCCCUCAUGUGCCUCAAAGUUUCUUCCUAUCAUUCCUACUCUCUUUUUCACCAUAAAGUCUGAUAACCUCUGAAGAAGUCUGUUGCAGGAGGAUACCAUUCUUGGCUUCGCCAGUAGAGGUUCUAACCCUGGACCUACUCUACUCUAAACUUAGUCAUAACAAAUAGUCAAUGUUUGUGUCUUUUUUACUAUAAUUACUAAUAAUAAAUCUUAUGGUAAUUUCACCACCUUUCCCUCAGGCAUUAAUUCUUUCAAUCUUAAUUUUUAUUUUCUUAUUUUCAUACAUUAUCUUUUGCCAAACUCUAAACCUGGGUUUAACUUAUUCCAAUGUUGAUGUAAAAUUUGUUUUUGGUCUAAUGAGAUACUCUGUCAUUUUUUAAAUGAGAUAUUUUUAUCAGUCAAACAUUCAACUGACCAAAUGAACCUCCACAAGGAU